AUGUCGCCAAAAUUAUUUACCGCUACCCUCGAGAACGUCAUGAGAACAUUGGAAUGGGAUAAUAUGGGAGUGAAAAUCGAUGGUCAGCAGUUACACCAUCUUCGCUUUGCUGAUGACGUCUUCCUUAGAACACCAAACAUUAGCGAAGCGGAACGUACGCUUGACAACUUUGAUAAAACCUGUGGAAAGAUUGGUCUUCGACUAAAUCUCACAAAAACGAUGUUCAUGAAGAGCGGAUUGGUUUCGCAUGUCCCGUUCACGCUUAACGGAACGAAUACCUCUGAAUGCUCCAGUUAUAACUGUCAGGUUGGAGAAAUUAAUAUAAUGAACCACCUAGCUCCAGAACUGAGCAGAAAGAAACGAGUGGCCUGGGGUGUUUCCAAGAGCAUCGAGGAUGUAGUGAAAUGA